UCUGAUGACAUUGGUGACGUUGGCUCAUGGUGCCCGCUUAGACAAUCGAUAUUUACCGCCGCCACCCAAUGCAGCUACUGCCGGCGGUGGUCCUGGACUGCAAGGUCCUGGAGGUGGUGGUGGAGGACCAGGAGGUUUUGGUGGUGGCGGCGGUUCUGGUGGGGGAGGAGGUGCUGGCGGCGGUGGUGGUGGAGGUUUUGGUGGCGGAGGUGGUAAUAAUGGUCUGGGAGGAUUCUCUGGUGCUGGUGGUCCAGGGCGACCAUUUGGUCCAACUAGUCCUGGUGGAGGUGGUGCACGGCCUAGCGCACCAUCUGGCCCUUCUGCCCCAGCUGGUCCAGUCAUUCCGAUUCUGUCUUUUGUCAAUGAAAAUGACGGCGAUGGCAACUAUCGCUUUAGCUAUGAAACUGGAAACGGCAUUAAGGCCGAAGAGGAAGGUACAGUUAAAAAUAAAGGCUCUGACAAUGAAAUACCAUCUGUGAUGGGUACAUAUUCGUAUACCGCACCUGAUGGCCAGGUGAUUGAAGUUGCCUACACCGCCGAUGAAAAUGGCUUCCAGCCACAAGGAGAUUUAUUGCCUACUCCUCCACCGAUACCGGAAGCAAUUGCCAAAGCUUUAGCUGCCCAAGGAAUUCAGCCAGCACCAGGUGGUGGUUACAUUGGAGGAACUGGUACUGGUGGUGGUUCUGGAGCAGGUGGAGGACGUGGCGGUGGAGCCGGAACUGGCGGAGCCGGUGGUUUCGGAGGUGGAGCUGGGGCAGGUGGAGGUGCCGGAAGAGGUGGUGGAGCAGGAGCUGGCGGAGCCGGUGGUUUCGGUGGUGGCGCUGGAGCUGGUAGAGGAGGUGGUGCAGGCGCCGGUGGUGCAGGUGGUUUCGGUGGUGGUGCCGGAGCUGGCGGUGCCGGAGGUUUUGGUGGCGCUGGCGGAGGUGCCGGAAGAGGUGGUGGAGCCGGUGGUUUUGGUGGUGGCGCAGGCGCUGGUGGAGCCGGUGGCUUCGGAGGUGGUGCAGGUGCUGGUGGAGGUUCUGGUAGAGGUGGUGGCGCUGGGGCUGGUGGUGCCGGUGGCUAUGGAGGUGGAGCUGGUGUCGGUGGUUUUGGAGGUGGUGCUGGUGGCGCCGGUGGUUUUGGAGGUGGCGCAGGAGCUGGUGGAGGAGCUGGUAGAGGUGGUGCCGCAGGAGGAGGUGCUGGUGGCUAUGGAGGUGGAUCUGGUGCCGGUGGUUUUGGUGGUGGCACUGGUGCCGGUGGGGGUGCUGGCAGAGGUGGUGGCGCUGGAGCUGGUGGAGCCGGUGGCUUCGGAGGUGGUGCUGGAGGUGGAGGAGGUGCUGGCAGAGGCGGUGGCUCGGGAGCAGGUGGAGGUGCUGGAAGAGGAGGUGGAGCCGGAGCAGGUGGCGCUGGAGGCGGCGGUGGUUUUGGUGGCGGUGCAGGUGCAGGGGGAUAUGGUGGUGGUGCUGGAGGUGGGUCUGGUGCCGGUGGAGCAGGGGGAUAUGGUGGUGGAGCAGGGGCUGGUCGAGGUGGUGCUGGUGGUUUUGGCGCCGGUGGUGGUGCUGGAGGUGCCGGCGGUAGGGGCGGUGGAGCUGGUGGCGCUGGCGGCUUUGGUGGUGCCGGAGGAUUUGGUGGCGGCGCUGGAGCCGGUGGUGGUGGAGCAGGAGGAUAUGGUGGUGGAGCAGGAGCAGGCGGUGGUCGUGGUGGUGCUGGAGGUUUUGGAGCCGGUGGUGGAGGUGGUAAAGGUGGUGCCGGAGGUUUUGGUGGUGGCGGCGGUUCAGGCCCUGCACCUGGCUUACCUGGUCGUGGUCAUCCCAGUGGAGAUUUUAAUCCUCAAACUGGUUACAACUAUUAAAUCUCUAUCACUCGUUAAGCCUCAGUACAUAAUGCAACGAUAUCUGCCACAAAUACUCGUAGCAUC